AUGGCUGAACCGAUCCGUGUAGUUGUGACCGGCGCCGCUGGUCAGAUCGCCUACUCCCUCCUCUUCAGCAUCGCCAAAGGAGACGUGUUCGGCCAUGACCAGCCCAUCGUCCUGAUCCUGCUGGACAUCCCGCCCAUGCUGCCGGUGCUGGACGGUGUGGUGAUGGAGCUGCAGGACUGUGCUCUGCCUCUGCUCAGGGAGGUGAUCCCCACGGACAAGGUGGAGGUGGGCUUCAAGGACAUCGACGCCGCUAUCCUGGUGGGGUCCAUGCCCAGGAAGGAGGGCAUGGAGCGCAAGGACCUGCUCAAGGCCAACGUCGCCAUCUUCAAGACCCAGGGCUCCGCGCUGGACAAGUACGCCAAGAAGACCGUCAAGGUCCUUGUUGUGGGAAACCCCGCCAACACAAACUGCCUGAUCGCCUCCAAGUCUGCCCCCUCCAUCCCAAAAGAGAACUUCUCCUGCCUGACCCGCCUGGACCACAACCGGGCCAGCUCCCAGGUGGCGAUGCGCUGCGGCGUGUCCUCUGAACACGUGAAGAACGUGAUCAUCUGGGGAAACCACUCGUCCACUCAGUAUCCGGACGUGCACCACGCCAAGGUCACCCAGCAGGGGGCAGCGGUGCCGGCCUACGACGCCGUGAAGGACGAGGCCUGGCUCCGAGGGGCCUUUAUCUCUACGGUGCAGCAGCGCGGAGCAGCUGUGAUCAAAGCCCGGAAACUGUCCAGCGCCAUGUCGGCCGCCAAAGCCAUCUGUGACCACAUGAGGGACAUUUGGUUCGGCACCAAGGAGGGCGAGUUCAUCUCGAUGGGAGUUCACGCUGGUGGAAACUCGUAUGGAAUCCCAGAGGACCUCAUCUACUCUUUCCCCGUUCAGAUCAAGAACAAGAGCUGGACGAUCGUGGACGGGCUCUCCAUCAACGACUUCUCUCGGGCCAAGAUGGACGCUACGGCGGCGGAGCUGGUGGAGGAGCGCGACACGGCCAUGGACUUCCUGUCUGUGUGA